GCUCUUCGUUGGGAGAGCAGCGGCGUGGCUUCUGAGCGCGGGCAGAGUGCGCCUCUCGCCUUCCUUGGCCACGGGCUGGAAGGGGCCGGCCUUUCCUCCCUCUCUGCCCUCCCCGGAGGCGGCCACCGCUGCUGCUGCUCCUCCUCCUCCCCGCCGGCGUCCCGAGGCUCGCAGUCCGACUCCGGCCGUCUCCACCGCGGGCGAGAUGCGGGCGCAGCUGCUGCCGCUGUUCCUGCUUGCGGUUUUCUCCGCGCUCGGCUCCUGCCUGCUCAGCCACCAGGAAGAGGAAUUUCUCUUCAAGACAUGGAUGUCUCAGAACAAUAAGCAGUACGGCCUGGAGGAGUAUCAGCGGCGCUUUCAGAUCUUCCUUAGUAACAAGCAGAAGAUUGAGAAGCACAAUGCUGGGAAUCAUACCUUCCAAAUGGGUCUCAACCAGUUUGCCGACAUGACAUUUGCUGAAUUCAGGAAAAAGUAUCUCUGGCGCGAACCCCAGAACUGCUCAGCCACCAUUGGCAACUUCAUCAGCCGUGGUGAGGCAUGUCCAAAAACCAUAGACUGGAGGAAGAAAGGAAAUUUUGUGACACCUGUGAAAAAUCAGGGUCCCUGUGGCAGUUGCUGGACUUUCUCAACCACUGGGUGCUUGGAGUCUGCUAUUGCCAUCGCAACAGGAAAGCUACUGGACCUGGCUGAACAGCAACUGGUUGACUGUGCUCAGGCCUUCAACAACCAUGGAUGUAGUGGGGGACUCCCUAGCCAGGCGUUUGAAUACAUCCUGUACAACAAAGGGCUGAUGGGGGAGGAUGACUACCCAUACACCGCACAGAACGGGACCUGCAAAUUCCAAGGUCAGAAGGCCAUUGCAUUCGUCAAAAAAGUCGUCAACAUUACGCUGAAUGAUGAGCAAGGCAUGGUGGAAGCUGUGGGGAGGUACAAUCCAUUGAGCUUUGCCUUUGAAGUGACAGACGACUUUAUGUUGUACACGAAGGGUGUUUACACCAGCAAACACUGUGAGAAAACUCCAGACAAAGUCAAUCAUGCUGUCCUGGCUGUGGGCUACGGAGAGGAGAAUGGCCUUCUGUACUGGAUUGUCAAAAAUUCCUGGGGCCCCUCGUGGGGCAUGGAUGGAUACUUCUAUAUUGAACGUGGAAAGAACAUGUGUGGCCUUGCUGACUGUGCCUCCUUCCCAGUCCCUCUUGUCUAAAGCCAGCCUGGAUUCUGGUGCCAGGGAGCUGGUAGUGAUGGGCCGCUAUGCUGAAAAUCGAAGCUGGAAUGAAGUUCAUCGAAGCCAAGAAGCGGGGCAGUUUAUCUUGUAAUGGAUUUUCAAGCACACACCUCCUCUACAUGUGUGUCUGAUACUGUGAAAAAGUUUUUGACCCAAGUUGCUGCACUUUCCUAGUUCCCUGUGUAUCUUGUUUUUCUAGCACAGUUGCUCACCUUAUCCAAAAUCAUGCUCCUUUUCUUAAGAUUUUCUUUAUUCCCUACCAUUCCCCUAGCACGAGCUUAGGGCAGCUCACACAAUCAUAAAAAUCCAGCACUAAAACCAAGAGUAAAAUCACAGUUUGCAACAAAAUCCAGUAAAAAUUAAUGUAUCACAGCCAGCAAUAAGUUAGGUAGGCCAAUUGCACUUAUGUUAUGAAGGCAAUAGGACAAAUUUUUAACUACUGUC